AUGACCAGCAAACCACAACCUGUUGCAGUUGAAACACCCGCAGAGAAUCAAACAGAUUAUGAGCAAAAGAACGUCCAUGAAGUGUAUGAAGUCAUUGCAACUCAUUUCAGUGAUACCCGCUACAAGCCAUGGCCUGUUGUGGAAGAUUUCUUGAACAGCUUAAAGAUUGGAAGCCUCGGUGCUGAUGUGGGAUGCGGCAAUGGCAAGUAUAUUGGUGUCAAUCCCAAAUUGAUGAUCUUGGGCUCUGACAGGAGCUCGAAUCUCAUCAAGAUUGUACAUGAUCGCGGAUUUGAAGGCAUGGUAGCAGAUGGUCUCAAUUUGCCGUACAGAGACAAUUCAUUUGAUUUUGCAAUCUCCAUUGCUGUCAUUCAUCAUUUCGCUAGUCCAAACAGAAGAUUGCAAGCUAUUAAGGACAUUUUCAAAAUCAUCAAGCCUGGAGGAAAAGUGCUGGUGUUUGUGUGGGCAUUGGAGCAGACUAAAUUUAGCAAGAGAAACUUUGAGCCUGGACAACAAGAUGUGUUUGUACCUUGGAAAUUGACGCCCAAGAAGGGACAAAAGGAAGAGGAUGUGAGCGAUGCAGUGUAUAAUAGAUAUUACCAUUUGUUUAAACAGGGUGAAUUAGAUGAUUUAUUUAGACAGGUGGAAGGUGUGGAAAUUGAGACAACUGGCUAUGAUAGAGAUAAUCAUUAUGUCAUUGCAUGUAAAAAAAUAGAAUAA